UAAGGAGGGAAUUGAAGGGAAAUGAAAGGAAAAUAAAAUUUAUAAAAUUCUAAAUAAAUUAAAUAUUGUCAAUAAUAAUACACACGAUAUAGUUUAAUAUUAAUGAAUUCACAAAAAAGUUUGAAUAUAAGCUAUUUUCUUUCCAAAUCUUUCAAAGAUUUGAUUAUUAUAGAAUUCCGCCGUUUUUUUCUAUGCUCUUCUUUUAUUUCGCCAAACGGUUUUAUAUUACCCUCAUUCCUUUUGUUUCUCAAAACUUACCCUCUCUCUUUAACUAUAAAAGUUUUUUUUUGAAUUUUGAAUUUAGCCAAGAAGUCUUAAAAUGAGAGAGUGCAUUUCAAUCCACAUUGGUCAAGCAGGAAUUCAAGUCGGAAAUUCUUGUUGGGAGCUGUACUGUCUCGAACAUGGAAUUCAGCAAGAUGGACAAAUGCCGACUGAGAAGACAGGAGGAGGAGACGAUGCAUUCAGUACAUUCUUCAGUGAUACUGGAUCUGGAAAGUAUGUUCCUCGUGCUGUUUUUGUUGAUCUUGAGCCGACUGUUAUUGACGAAAUUCGGACCGGGAAUUAUCGCCAGCUUUUUCACCCUGAACAACUUAUUAGUGGCAAAGAAGAUGCUGCUAAUAACUUCGCUCGUGGACAUUAUACUAUUGGGAAAGAGAUUGUUGAUUUGUGCUUGGAUCGCAUCAGGAAGCUAGCUGAUAACUGCACUGGUCUUCAAGGCUUUCUAGUAUUUCAUGCUGUUGGUGGUGGUACUGGCUCUGGCCUUGGUUCUCUGCUGUUGGAGAGGCUAUCAGUUGAAUAUGGGAAGAAAUCAAAGUUAGGUUUCACAGUGUACCCAUCUCCCCAAGUUUCAACCUCUGUUGUUGAACCAUACAACAGUGUCUUGUCCACCCACUCCCUUCUGGAACAUACUGAUGUUUCCAUUCUACUUGAUAAUGAGGCCAUAUAUGACAUCUGCCGAAGGUCACUUGAUAUUGAGAGGCCUACUUACACGAACCUCAACAGACUUGUUUCCCAGGUUAUAUCUUCAUUGACAGCUUCACUUCGCUUUGAUGGUUCAUUAAAUGUGGAUGUCAAUGAGUUUCAAACAAACUUGGUCCCUUACCCCCGCAUUCACUUCAUGCUUUCAUCUUAUGCUCCUGUCAUUUCUUCUGAGAGAGCCUUCCAUGAGCAGUUGUCCGUAGCAGAGAUCACCAACAGCGCAUUUGAGCCUAGUUCUAUGAUGGCAAAAUGUGACCCUCGUCACGGGAAGUACAUGGCUUGUUGUUUGAUGUAUCGUGGAGAUGUAGUCCCCAAAGAUGUGAAUGCCGCUGUUUCAACCAUAAAGACAAAGCGCACCAUUCAAUUUGUCGACUGGUCUCCUACUGGCUUCAAGUGUGGAAUUAACUACCAACCUCCAACUGUGGUACCCGGAGGAGAUUUGGCCAAGGUCGAGAGAGCUGUUUGUAUGAUCUCAAACUCCACAAGUGUUGCUGAAGUCUUUUCCAGAAUCGACCACAAGUUUGAUCUCAUGUAUGCCAAACGAGCUUUUGUUCAUUGGUACGUUGGUGAGGGAAUGGAGGAAGGAGAAUUUUCAGAGGCAAGAGAAGAUUUGGCGGCAUUAGAAAAAGAUUACGAAGAAGUUGGAGCUGAGGGUGCAGAUGAUGAAGAGGACGAUGGUGAAGAGUACUAAGAUAAAUUAGCCUGCUUAUAAUAAUAAACAUAAUGGGUUAGUAUGAGGGUGAUUAGUGUAAUCAGGAUUUUGGAAAUACCAAUUGGCUCAUUGGGUUAGUAAUAUUCAGUUUCAGACUUUUUUUUUUUUUUGAGAUUAAUUCAGUUUCAGACUUAUGAUAGCUGUUUUGCUUCAGUAUAAAACAGUAAUGUCUCAAAA